AUGGCUGACAUUCAACAACAAUUACAAAAUCUUGAAAAUUUACUAGCCGAUUUUCUUGAUAAACGAGAACAAGCAAUAUCAUCAAUUAUUGAAAUUGCCAAUAAAAUCGAUGAAAAUCAUAAAAAUGUCAAUAUUACCAAAGUUGUAACUAGUAGCAGUGGUAUUGCUGGUACAGUUCUUGGUAUAGCAGGACUUGCACUUGCUAUACCAACUGGUGGUAUAUCAACAUUACUUACUAUUGGUGGUAUUGGUUUAGCAGUAACAAGUGGUGCAGCUCAUUUAGGUUCUGAUAUUACUGAACAUUUUUUGACGGAAUCAAAUUUAAAAAAAUUAGAUGAAAUUUGUCAAGCUGAUGAAACAAAUAUUUUUCGAUUAGCUGAUUAUCUUGAAAUAAUGGUACAUGAUAUUAAAAAAAAUAAUUCUUCUUUCGAUAAUAAAAUUGAUUUAAGAAUAGCAAGUAGUAUUAUUCAAGGAGUAUCAAGUUUAACUAAUCUAACAUGUUCAAUUAUUCGUAUUACACGAGCAACAUGUUUAUCAAUUAGAACAGUACCAUUUACUAGUGUUGCUUCAUUACGACUUGCUGGUGCUACUUCAGUUGUCUUAGGUGCCGUUACUUUACCAUUUCAAAUAAUUGAUCUUGCAUUAAGUGGACAAGCAUUACAUGAAAAAGAAUCUUCUGAUAUCUCAAUUAAACUUCGUCAACUCGCUCAACAUCUUAAAAUACAAGCAGAAAAUAUUGUUAAGUACAUUUUUGAAAUGAUACAUUCAAUUGAUUAA